CCGCUGAGCGAUUUCGACGCAUGCGUUGGAGCUACGGUAUCAACCCUAAAGUCACUAUUUGAAAGUUGGCGGUCGUACACGGUGCACUCAAAUGUCUGCUAUGAAUUUGAGUUAAUUAACAAAAAUCUAGUAGAUAUUGUACAUGUUUUAUAUACAAAGGGUAUAGCUGUCGAGAGAGGCAAGAAAGCAGAUCAACCAAGCACACGUAAUCGUAGGCUUGCUAGCUACCGGUAGCCAGUUAGCUGCUAGUCAUACACAUUUAGCUAAGUUCGUUAUUUCUGGAGAAGCAGCCCGCUAAUGUCCGUGAGAAGGGCUCUGGUGGACUGUGUUGUGUUGUCUCUUCAGGACUCGUGUGUGUUAUACCCUUGUUGUAGAGGAUGCUUCUCCAGGAUGCAACAGACGGACACGGCCAGAUGGCACUGCUCCAGGUCUUGCUACAGCUGUCUGGAGCCACACCUGGACUACAGGUAUCGCCUGUCUCUAAGGGUAACCAGAGACAACACCAUAUUUGGGGUGACUGUGUUCGGGAGCUGUCUCAACCCCCUCUUUGGAGCCCCUGCCACCGACCUUCACAGGCUGGUGGAGGAGUCUUCCGGUCCGGUGGGAGGUGAAGGUCAGAGGUCAGGAUGUCAAAGCAAGCUGCUGGUUAAGGCUGUAGAGGACUGCUUCAUUGGAAGACAUUUUGUUUUUGGGAUCAAGAUAUCUGGCCCCAGCCCUUACAGGAGAGAGACAGGCCAGUUCAUCGCCAGUCAGAUCUCUCUGCCCCUGGCCUCGGUUCCAGGCUGCUCUGUAGUCAGUUACUACAGAACCCUCCUACAGCAAGCUGCUCUCUGCACUGACUGGACUACUGAUCCUAGACCAGCCUCCAAGAGCCUCCUACAACAGGCCUCUGUCUGUAGAACUGAUCCUAGACCAGCCUCCAAGAGCCUCCUACAACAGGCCUCUGUCUGUAGAACUGAUCCUAGACCAGCCUCCAAGAGCCUCCUACAACAGGCCUCUGUCUGUAGAACUGAUCCUAGACCAGCCUCCAAGAGCCUCCUACAACAGGCCUCUGUCUGUAGAACUGAUCCUAGACCAGCCUCCAAGAGCCUCCUACAACAGGCCUCUGUCUGUAGAACUGAUCCUAGACCAGCCUCCAAGAGCCUCCUACAACAAGCCUCUGUCUGUAGAACUGAUCCUAGACCAGCCUCCAAGAGCCUCCUACAACAGGCCUCUGUCUGUAGAACUGAUCCUAGACCAGCCUCCAUGAGCCUCCUACAACAGGCCUCUGUCUGUAGAACUGAUCCUAGACCAGCUCCCCAGCCCAGCGCUGACACCAGUACAGCUCCUCUCCUGCUCCACCCUUCUCCUCUCCACAGCUUCGACUCUACUCUGCCCUCCUGUGGCCGAUCCAUGUCACUGCAUUGCACCAUAACCCUCACCCCAACCCCGACCUACAUACACACAGCACCCUGGCAACAGUCUCCGGGGGUGAUCACGUCGUCUGCAGAACAGGAGGAAGAGGAGGGGGGGAGAGAGGAUAAAGGACUGAGUCAUGGGGAGGGAGGACACAGUAGCCAGGGGGAGGGGGGACACUGUAGGAACAGCUACUGGGAUGUUCUGUCCUCUUUCUGUGAAGGCUCUGACUCCUCUGUUCACCCCCCUGCCUCUCUCACGUGGACCGCUCCAACUCAGCCUGGCCAUAUACGGACUGCACCGUCCAGCCUCAGGAAGAGGGGUGUUUCAGACACGGAGGAGGAGUACAGGUCAGUGUGUGAACAAACCUGUCGAUCUGACUUUGUGGCCUGGGAAGACCUGCCCUUCUCUGAGUGUCUGGGGGAGUUUGUCUGUGAUCCUGCAGACACAGAGACACCAACUGACCAUCAUGCCCAGACCAGCCCUGUGGGGGGAAACUUGUCCACUACGCUGACAGACACAGAGUCAAGCUCCACACCACACAGCAGUCUACUGGACAUUACUAAUGUUGGACAGCUGACCCAUGGAGGUCUCAGCCCUCGGUCACCCGGACACACAGCUGACCUGGAGGAGGAGUAUAACUGUUCAGCAGACCUCUUCCACUGCUCUCAGACCAGCAUCAACACACACACACCCCACACGGACUCACACACACCCCACACGGACUCACACACACCCAGCACGGACUCACACACACCCAGCACGGACUCACACACACCCCACACGGACUCACACACACCCCACACGGACUCACACACACCCCACACGGACUCACACACACCCCACACGGACUCACACACACCCCACACGGACUCACACACACCCCACACGGACUCACACACACCCCACACGGACUCACACAUGGACACCCCUUCAGAGUGUUGUGACUGUGUCCCUUUGUCCCAGUCCACCCCCAUCAUCUGUAAAACGGCUCGACCACGUACACUGCAGAUCAGAGCCCGGCGACACACACCCAGCAACACACACACACCUAAAGGACUCACACACACCAAGAGACCCAGACCCAGCAACACACACACACAUAAAGGACUCACACACACCAAGAGACCCAGACAGCCAGAGCCCAGAGAUCAUGUACUAGCUCUGCAGUGUCAGAGGUUAACGAGAAGAGCUCUGAAGAGAACCUCUGGGGGGAGAAGGACCGGUCGUGUGAGAGUAUGUGAUGACAACAGUGAGAUGGUGAUCUCUGCCACUCAAAGACCCUGGUGCUCCAGAAGGACAGACAGACAGCAGGCUGGGGGAGAGCGAGAGAACAGCGGGAGGACCACUGGGGGAGAGCGAGAGAACAGCGGGAGGACCACUGGGGGAGAGCGAGAGAACAGAGGGAGGACCACUGGGGGAGAGCGAGAGAACAGAGGGAGGACCACUGGGGUAGAGCGAGAGAACAGAGGGAGGACCACUGGGGUAGAGCGAGAGAACAGAGGGAGGACCACUGGGGGAGAGCGAGAGAACAGCGGGAGGACCACUGGGGGAGAGCGAGAGAACAGAGGGAGGACCACUGGGGGAGAGCGAGAGAACAGCGGGAGGACCACUGGCGGAGAGCGAGAGAACAGAGGGAGGACCACUGGGGGAGAGCGAGAGAACAGAGGGAGGACCACUGGGGGAGAGCGAGAGAACAGAGGGAGGACCACUGGGGUAGAGCGAGAGAACAGAGGGAGGACCACUGGGGGAGAGCGAGAGAACAGCGGGAGGACCACUGGGGGAGAGCGAGAGAACAGAGGGAGGACCACUGGGGGAGAGCGAGAGAACAGGAGAUCUACACAUAUUCACCAGACACUGAGAGAGGGACAGACAGAGGGUUUAGCCAACCAGCAGCUCGAAGACAGCAGGUCUGUUAGCCCCUCCCUCCGCGAGGAGAAUGAAGCGUGUGAUUGGUCCAGAGACCUGUUUACUGACUCUUUCUGAGGGCUCAUUCCUCCCCUUUCUCCAUGACGUGUGUCCUGAUUCACUCCUCGUCAAGGAUGUAAAAGAAUUGGAUCGAUUUAUGAAACAUGCAAUGUGACUAUAAUAAAAUGGAGGAAAAAUGUAAUAUGAAUUUCAUAUGUCUAGUCUAAAGCCUUUUAGUUUUUUUUUACAUUGUUCCAAAGCAUUGUACCUGAACCAAAGGACAGUUCACUGUCCUUGUCUACAUUUCAAGUGUACCAAUGGCUGUGUGAAGUUCUGUUCGCACAAGGACAAUAAAAUAAAAUCUUGUAGAAUUGUAUCGAAGAGAAAGAGCGAGUCUCAACUCGACUGAAAAACUGUCAUGUGGUGUUUGUUGUCAUUUCGCCCCCCCCCCCCCCCCC